UGUGGAAUUUUUUUUUUCAUAGAGUAGGUUACAUCAGGUUGCAUUGAUGUGGAGCUAGGUUGUCGUCUAUUUUUAUUUGUGUUUUGAUUCGAUUUAUGAGUUGUGAUGUUGUUUAUAAAUAUUCUUGUGUUCGGGGAUAUGUAAUUAUAUUAUUUUCUUCGGGUGUUAAAGAAGAUAAGCGGGCAGGAGGGUGCCAGCCAUGACGAGGGUGCGGGAGUGGGGGCUGCAGGACCGGCCGCUCAACACGGUCCAGUUCGAGUCGCCGUCGCACAUGGGCACCCUGCUGUGCGGCCUCAACACGCUGCGCACCCGGGGCUGGCUCCUGGACGUGACCCUGCUCGCUGAGGGAGAGGCCUUCCAGGCCCACAGGGCCGUGCUGGCCAGCUGCAGCGACUACUUCCGCGCCAUGUUCACGGACGCGAUGCGGGAGUCCCGGCAGAGCGAGAUCUGCCUGAACGGGGUGACGGCGGCCGGCAUCCGGCUGCUGCUUGACUACGCGUACACGUCGCGGCUCGCGCUCAACCUUGCCAACAUCCAGGACGUGCUGUCGGCCGCGAGCCACGUCCAGGUGGUGGCGGUGGUGGAGGCCUGCUCCACCUACCUGCAGGCGCAGCUGGACCUGGAGAACUGCGUGGACCUGGCCACGAUCGCGGAGACGUACUCGCUGGGCCAGCUGCGGCGACGCGUCUACCAGCUGAUGUGCGGCCGCCUGCGGGAGUUCUCGCACUGCCCCGACUUCCAGCGCCUGUCGCAGCAGCAGCUGGAGCACCUGCUGGACUGCGACUUCCCCGUGGACUGCGACGAGGGCGAGGUGCUGCGCUGCGCCCUGCGCUGGGCGAGCUGGGGGGACUCGCCGCGCCGCCUGGGCGCCUUGCCCCGCCUGCUGGCGCGCGUGCACUUCGCCGAGAUCCCGUCCCCACAGCGCGACCUGGCCCUCGAGUCCCUCUCCGGCCUGGACUACAAGGAGUGGGAUCUGUGCUACAGGCUGAUAUCUGAGCCCAGCCGACAGCUGUCCCAUCUCAAGAUCUCGGCCAACCCGUCCGCCAGCACUGUGCUCGUCAACUCCCGUGGCAUGGAGCUUGCCAUUGUCAAGGUGGGCGGGUUUGGCAUUGCUGGCAUCACCAACGAGAUCACCUACUUCCUGCGCAGUGCGGGCAAGUGGCGCCACCUCACCACCAUCCCGCACGUCGAGCAGUGCAACUUCGGCACCGCUGUCCUCGACAACGAGCUGUACGUGGUCGGGGGCUGUUUCAACCAAUCCCUCGAGGAGAACAUCCACCCGUUUGGUUUCCGGUACAGCCCCCGCUCCAACAAGUGGUCGACAAUGGCGCCCAUGCAGCGUGAGCGCUGCCGCUUCUCUCUGAACGUGCUGGGAGGCCACCUGUAUGCCAUCGGCGGCGUGAGCGAGGUGGACGACGCACGUGAGGACAGAGACGUGAGUGCGUGCGAGCGCUACGACCCGGCGACGGACUGCUGGGAGAGCGUUCGGCCCCUGCCGCUGUACUGCACGCAGCACGCCGGGGCCUCGUGGGGCUCCAGCAAGCUGUUCGUCUCCGGGGGCCUGGCCCACGACUCGGUGCACGGGAUGCUGCACUGCUACGACAGCUGCUCCGACUCGUGGGCCUGCCUGCAGCCCAUGAGGAUGCCGCGGGCCGACCACGUCAUGAUCACCGUCGGCGACAAGUUGUACGCUUGCGGUGGCUGGGCGGAAGACCCCGACUCCGGCAACAGGAUCCUGGUGGACAGCAUAGAUGUGUACGACGUGGCUGCGGACUGCUGGGAGGUGGUCACCCACGUCCCGACCCCACGCUACCACGCGGGCAUCGUCGGCGUCGCCUCCAAGAUAUACUUCGUCGGCGGCUUCCGCGGGGACACGCUCUUCGACAGAGCGACCGCUGUCAUCGAGUGCUACGACCUGGACACGGGUCUGUGGACGACGUGCGACAAGUACCCGCGGGAGAUCUGGGAGCACACCUGCAUCACCCUGUACAUCCCCCGCUGCCGGGAGGACAUGGAGGUGAUGACGGCGCCCGAGUCCCCCACCUAGCACCGCGCCGCCCUUUCGUGCCUGCCGGGGCUCCGGCUGUCCCCGAACCAACGUGUUCCGUGCUGCACCUGACCGACUGCUCACAGACUUCCGACAAGAAGGCUAAAAACCAUCUCCUUAACGAUAUUCCAAAAGAACACAAGGUCCGCUAUGUAUGUAAUUUAAAGAGAAUAAUCAACGAUAAUAUAAGUAAACCAACAAUUGCGUGGUGUAAAAACUUUUUUAUGCUGUGGCGACAUUUCUGUGGUUCGACUAGCUUCGUUGGGCAGCAAGAGACAAUUGGGAACUGGUAUGUUGCAGUUUGCCAUUGCCUCCAACUGGCCAGUAAGCUGAUUCAACCAGUGUCUCGCAAAAAUGUAUUUAUUUUCUUUGUGUGUGUGUGUGUGUGUGUGUGUGUGUGUGUGUCUGCCCAAAAGUACUAGCCUGCGAGAACCUUUCUCUCUUAAUUUUCUGCGUCGCAGGUGUGGUUUGAAAUUUAAUACUGAAUUUAAUUGAUUCUAAGCUGCACCAUUUUUUGUGACAUUUUGAGCUCAGGUAUUGGGGGAGUCUUAAAAUUGAUGGCAUUUUGGAUUCACAGAAGUGAUUUGAUUUUAAUGUGCACACUUUUAUUGAGUUUUUAAGAUCUGAAACUGGGAUGCAGCUUACAAUAUUGAUGAUUUCCAAAAUUGCAGAAAAACUUAACCUAUUACUAAAGUUUAAAUACAGCAAGUUAUCUAGUGAGAUGAAAAAUAAGGAUGUGGCUUAAGAGAUAGGAGAGGCUAGUCAACUGUAUUAUUACGAUAAUAUGCCGAUAAAUACUGGCAUACUACUAUAUAAAGUUAUGAAAUUGUUGUAUUGAAUGAUAAUUGUAAUUUUACAAAAACUAUGUAACAUAUAUUUUUAAGAUUUCAUCGAAACAUCACAUUAUAUAGUACAUAUUUAUUAUUUAAACACCUUAGAUUUUUUUAAAGUCGUAUGGAUGUAAAAAAAAUUUGUUUUUAACAUUUGAAGUUAGUGAUGAACUGUAAACAAUUUUUAAGCAUACUAAAGUUACUAAAUGCUUACAACUUUAAUUUCGAAUAUUGCUUCUUGUAAGGUAUUUAAGUCUAUGCCUGAGCAGAACCCCAUUAAAAUGUUGCAGAGAAGAUAUAGAUUAACUAUUUUUCAGUGAUGACUCAUAACCAGACAAAAAUACAAAAGUGGUGUGCUUGAAAUAUAUGUUAAAAUAUAUGGAAUUUCACUGGUGCUAUAAUAAAUUUUUGAUAGGAUGAUAUCUACCUCUGUAUAAACUACUUGAAGGGCAUAUAAGUGAUGACAGAGCUUCCUUCACUUAUGGUAGAGAUAACCCAAAACAUUUGUGUGAUUUGACAUUACAUAUUUGUUAUUGUAAUUGUGAAUGAAAAGUUUCUUAAAUGUUGGCACAUUUUUUUACUACAAGACUUAUCUCAUUGUACCUGAUGUUGUGAGAGAUGUUGAAAACUUUUUUCUAUUGAAUUGAUACGUGGAAAAUUAUUGAAGCAAUAUGUGUACGGUGUGUCACGUGUCAAAUUUAGUGAGUUGAGAUGAUCACUAUGAUCUGCAAACUGAUGGGAGUUGUGUUCAUUUGUUCAUAUUGAAGAUACAUAUUUGUUUUUAAGCAUUUUCACCUGCCUCGGUACUUUGUGCCUAAGUGAAUUGAGAUAUGUACUAUGUGUAGCUGUUGUAAAAUUUAUGUAUUGUAGUAAAAGCAAGUUUAUUGCACUGUGAUUUUGGUGUGAAGUUCUGUGAAGGAUGUGUGCACAUAGUUUGCUCUUUUUAAAUUCAGUCGCAACUUGUAAAUACAGGAAGUUUUAUCCCUCAUUUAGGUAAUUUUGAGGUGGAUAGAAUGAGAUGUAGAAAUUGCAACAGUUUGCUUUUUGCAUGAUUUUAUUAUAUUUUUCAUAUCUGCUUUAUUGACAGCACAGAUAAAAAAAUUGUUUGGCAGUUACAACGUAGUGUGUGUGUUUGCAUUCAAAGCAAUAUACAGUGGGUGUUCUUUCGUAUGGCAUUCUUUGGUUUGUUUUAUUCUUUAAUCGGGCACCAGUCCAUUCCCAUGUGUUUAGUUUUUUGGAGGAGAAUUGGGAAUUUAUUUCAAAGCCAUAUAAAAUGGAAGAAAUAGCAUGAAUAUUGAUUGAACAUUUUUUUUUGUUAGCUAACGGUUAAUUGUAGGGGUUCUAUUGUCACUACCUCUAAUUUAUGUUAUACACCUAGUACGUAAAAUAAAUUGAAUUGAAAAAUUAGUAAAGUCAAAAUCUGAGUUCCGCUCACUCCUGAGAUGACCUGGCUGUCUUCUGUCUCUUACUAGCUUACCUCACGUAUCUCUCCAUUCCCACACGAAGCAAGCUCAAAAUACUUUACCGCACACUUGAAGUUGGUUGGGCACAGCUCAGAUUAUGCUUAUUUUUUACACCUAAGGAGAUUUUUAUUUAGUCUUACUGUGUCAUAUUAUUCCUAUGUUGUCAAUCUACUGAAAAAUAAAUAUUUUUUCCAGUAAAAAUUUAACUACACACAGUUAGUUAUCUGCAACUCUGGUUUUUAUUCCUGCAGCAAAAGAUUUAAUUUAUUGAUUUUAUUUUAACAUGUUUUGUUUUACAUAUAGGGGCAUAUAAAUUUAAGGCAUCGACAAUACAGUCAUACUUACCUAAUUGUGUUAGCAAGAAUAUGUCGAGUUAAUUGAUUUAUAUUUCUUCCAUUUUCAUUUCAUUUCAUUGGGAUUUUUUUAGAAAUAAAUAAACUUGACGUAAUUUACUGUUCUAAAGGUGCUGCUAAUGGGUAAUCCAUCUGAAGAUACCUAAUUCUAAGAUGCGUGUUUUGUAAAGUUUUUCGGAACAGAAAGUCAUGCAGUAAAUUGAGGUAGAUGUGUGGACCUAUAAGAAUUGUGUUGUUGGUUCUGGACUUCACCGAAUGAGACAAUCAACGUUGGUAGCGAUAGAGGUCCAUGUAUUGUUUGUGCAGGUUUUGUGAAGUGUGAACAGUGUUCUGUCGCUAAAACUGACACUUAUCUGCCUUGUUGCAGCCAUGUUGCUAUUUGCCAUGUUAAGUUUGUUUGAAUGUUUAGAGAAUACUGAUAUGUUUUAAAGAUAUUAUUAUAGUACCUAAUAUAUAUUCACUGCGUACGUUGUAACAAUUACUAGCAUUUUAUUUUUAUGGAUGUGAAUAUUACUUAUAUUGUGCCAUGUUUUUUUGGUAAACUUGAUCUUGAUAUGAAUAAAAGUAAUUUUUUUAUAGUAUUAAAAUUUUGGUGUUUCAGUUUCAAGUUUACCAGAGAUAAGAAUGGCAGAUGCAUAUAUUGAUUAAUUGAAUUAUAUGUAAAUUUUGUGAAAUUAAAUGCUUGAUUAAUACCCAAUUUGUGUUUAAACUUAAUUGUAA